CUUAAGUAUAGCAACAAACCUGACAGCUGUCACAUUGUGUUUUGUGAAUUUUUGCCGAUAUUGUGCAAAUCAUUUUCUUAACACAAAUUAUUUAUUAUUCGAUUCACAAUGGAGGAUAAUCUCCAGCAUGAGGAUUUGCUUAUAAAAUUACGGGGCAAGCUGAACGAGGAGAAGAUUAAGCUAUGGGAACCGCCGUAUUUGGGCACCGAUGAUGUCUUCACACAAUGUUUUCAGGAACUCGCAAAGAAGUAUGCAUCGGAUCUAUCUGUUGAUGAACAUUUAGUUCUCAGUGCCUUGCAUGAGCUGCAACUCAGAUCUAUGGAGAGGGUAAAGGCCAAUGAGGAGUUCAAAGACACAGGGCUGGCAACAUUCAGAAUUAAAGUGACAAUACCAAAGGAAAAGCCCAAGAUACUGAAAAUACAGAGGACUUUAGAUGUACCGGGUUCCAAUCUGUUAAAUGCUGUUGCUGCAGAGAUUGGUGUUGCAGAAUCUAGGUUAAAACUUAUAUCUAAUGGUAAAUUAGUGAAGUCAAGCAUGACACUAAAUGAGCAAAAUGUCAAGAAUGGCACCCAACUGAUGGCACUUGUGUUGGAUGCCAGUCCCGAUGAGGUGAAGAAAGAAGACAACUUGUACAUAGAGAUGAAGACAACCAGAGAUGAUGCCACUAUGCUCUCCGAGUAUGUCAGCCAGCUUGCAGACUAUGAUGAGUACAUGAAGCUGGAAGACCAGUCGGGUAAGGCGGUGGAGCUGCCCCCGGCGGAGAAGAAGUCCCUGCUGGUGGGGCUGGCGCUGCAUGAGCGAGGUCGGGCCGCUAUCAAGCAGAAGGACUAUUCUCUCGCUUUGGUCUUGCUUCUAGAAGCUGAUAGGCAGUUCAACGAGUGCCGGUCGUCGCUGCUGCAGACUGUGGACAACUGGGGCGUGCUGCAGCUGGACAUAGCGUGGUGCUACGCGGGGCUGCGCAGCGUGGCCGCCGCGGCUGAUGCGGCGCGACGACUGGCAGCCGCCGAGCGCGCGCUUCAGGACACCUACGGUCCAGACCAGCGCCGUCUGCUCGAGCUCAAGGGCAAUGCUGGUCAGUGUUACAUCUCAAUGUUACACAUUUGCAAUCUUACGUUUGAAAUAACUUAUGUUGUGACGUCAGCGAACGAGCGCGUGCUGCUGAUGCGGCUGUACCUGCUGCAGGGCAUCGUCGCCUUCCACCAGAACAGGCGCGCUGACGCCAAGGCCCUGCUCGAGAAGGCGGAGGCCGAGCUUAACAAUUUGAGGGUGGACGAAUCUGCGGUGAGCCGGCUGAUGGAGUUGGGGUGGUCGCGUGCGCAGGCCCGCGUGGGGCUGCGCGGCGCCGCCGGGGACCCCGACCGCGCGCACCUGCAGCUGGCCGCGCGCGCAGACCAGCGCGAGCAGCACCGCCGCGACAGACGCCUCCGUAUGCAGCGCACCUGCUCGGACGGGACUGCGCUGGACGGGGGUCUGGUGCGGCAGCUGGUGGCGCAGGGCUUCGCGCGCCCGCUCGCCGCCAUGGCGCUGAGACACACCAACAACGACCUGCAGGCCGCGCUGCGAGACCUCACUUCGUUACGGGAACAUCCACAGCUGCUGUGCGAGAUGCUGGAUCAAGUGGUGGACUCCGACUCGGACUCGCCUUCUGUACCCGACAAAAAACUAAUUGCAGAGCUGGAAGCGAUGGGCUACUCUGAGGAGGUGGUCCGGCGUGCGCUGCGAGCCGGACACAACGAGCUGCACGCCGCCCUCGACCUGCUGCUGGCCGGACACGCCGGACACGCAGCGACAUCCGAGAGUAUGGUAUCUGGGGAGGAGGAGGGAGGCAACCCCUCCACCAGUACCGCGGAGACCUCGCGCACAAAGAUGAAGCAGGAGUGGGAGAGGAAGAAGGAAUGCGAUCGCGCGCUGGAGCGGCUGUCGUCGGCCAUCCGCGGUGACGAGGACGACUACCUCGACACCUCGCUCAUGGAGGAGGAGCAGUACCUCGCAGAGUACAAGUCCCUCCUCUAAGUCUCCACUGCACCUGAAUCUCUCAAGAUGUUAAACAGAACUUGCGGAGAACUACACAGUUAUGUGUAACACAUUCGUCUUUUACUUGUUGUUUCUGUCCCAUACCUCUCCUCAAUCCUUCUCUUUCUUUUUCCAUUUUAGAUUCGAGA